AUGUCCUUUGGAAUAGCUUUGCUUGGAGCUGGUGUUUUUGCAAAGAGAGAGCACCUUCCAGCUAUCAAAGCAUGUCAAUCCUUCAGCUUGAAAGCAGUGUACUCGCGAUCGCAGAGCUCAGCCGAGAGCUUCGUGGCUGUAGCCUGCGAGGGUGAGGCCAACGAGGACGUCGAAGCGUACUUCGAUUCACCAUCUACUCCAUCCAAGUCGCUUGAUAAUCUUCUACGACGCGAUGAUAUUGUAGCUGUUAUCGUCGCUGUCGCUAUCGACGUCGCCCCGGAGCUUAUCAAAAAAGCAUUAGCUGCAGGCAAACAUGUGUUGAGCGAGAAACCUAUUGCUCCCGACCUCAAUACUGCCCGGAGUUUGGUGAACUAUUCUCAACAGUUGAAAGACGUUCUGUGGGGCGUUGGUGAAAAUUUCCGGUUCUGGAAUUCGGUACAUCGAGCAGCAGAGAUUAUCAAGGACCUCGACGCCAACUUGCUUACCUUUUCGGUUACUGCAUAUUCCUUCACUGACGCUAAAAACCCUUUCUAUCAUUCAGACUGGCGCCAGAAUCCUACUUUCCAGGGUGGAUAUCUACUCGAUGGCGGGGUUCAUUUCGUGGCCGUUCUACGAAUUUUACUUGCUGCAAUAGGUCGAACUAUCGAUAGUGCAUCCGCAUACACGAUGUCCUUACAAAAGGACCUUCCUCCUGUGGACACUAUUCAUGCUAUAUUGAGAACUGAUAAUGGGCGCAGUGGCUCCUAUAUCUCAUCUGUUGGAAUUGAGGCUAAGCUUGGUAUGGAGUUUGAAAUUGUCACAGACAAAGGCUCUAUUACAUACCUCCCCUUUCAGAAGCAAAUCUUGACCAAGCUCAAAGAUCAGCAGGAGAAGGGCAAGUGGGAAGACAAGACAGAGCCAGCGCCACUAAUGUGGGGUGUCAAGGAAGAAGUCGCUGCAUUCGCCGAGUCCAUUUCCGCUGGAAGACUGGAUUCGAAAUUGUCGAGCUCUGAGGCAUUGGAAGACUUAAGGGUCGUAGAAGCUAUGCUCAAGUCCGCGGAGGCAGAAGGUCAACCAAUUUAUCUUGCUAGAGACACGGUUUAG